AGCCUAAAACACGACAUUUGAAUAUGUUUGAUUUUUCUGUCCUUUCACUCCCCUUUUCCCCCAACAAUAAAUAAACUUCUAAUAUGCGGGACUGGAGAAGUUUCCUCUUCAGAUAACGUGUCUCAAAAUGACAAUAUCUUCGAUCCCUUUUCCACUUUCCUAUUGAAAUUAAUUAAGCACCUUCUCUCCAACUUCAAUUGCUGACCGCCUUGAUGGCUUCAAACGCAACUCUAAAUCCAACUCCAUAUAUAUAGCGCACCCACUACUCUUGGUUUCUCCAUGCAAACCGUUCUCUCAUCUUCUCCCUUUCUUCUUAAUUUGCUGAAUAAAUUCAUUCCCAACAAUAGUUACGUAGAGACUUGAAAUCUAUCAACGAGCAUUAAUUCCUUUCAUCCAAUUUAACUACCAUAUAUAUUCCAAUGGAGAAGGCAUCACCGAGCAAAAGCACGCAAUCUUUGGUUAGUCUCGUCUUAUUUUUUUCAAUCUACAACUGGGCAAAAGAUUUUUUGUCAAGAUUUUGGUCUUCUCUCCAAUCCCAACGCAACUUUGGUGACUCGCAAGUUUGGGAUGUGAAGAAGAGCUCGGAUUGUGAGCCGAGCCAGCAACAGAUUUGCUCCAGUGAAAAGAAAGAUGAAGGCAGCUUGAGCAGAGGAGAGGCAGAAAUGGUCAUGGGAAAAUUGGGAAUUUUUUGCAGCCCAGAAGGCGAGAAACUUCAGGAGUGGUUCAGUUCCAAUGAGAUUUCAGGGCUGUUUGAUGAGAAGGAGCCAAGCUUGGAGGAGGUGAAGGAAGCUUUUGAUGUGUUUGAUGAUAACAGAGAUGGGUUUAUUGAUGCAGGGGAGUUGCAGAGAGUUCUCUGUAUUUUGGGCUUAAAGGAAGGAAAACAGCUGGAGAACUGCAAGAAAAUGAUCAGGACAUUCGAUGAAAACAGAGAUGGAAGGAUAGAUUUCAAAGAAUUUGUAAAAUUUAUGGAGAACAGCUUUUGCUGAAUUAUUCUUUUUUUCUUCUGGAAAUAUUAAUAAAGCAUAUCAAACUCAAUUUUAAUUA